AUGUUCAAAGACGACUUCAACUUCGCCAUCCGCCAGGAAAAGUACAUGGCCAUCAUGAAGAAGUACCCAAAGUGUGUUCCGAUUGUCUGCGAGUCCGGCUCACGUGGACUUCAUCAUAUGUGCCGUCGCGAAUUCUCUGUCGAGCGCACCCAGACACUCGCCGGGGUCAUGUGGAGGAUUAGGAGGGAUGCGAAGGUCUCCGAGACUGAGGCUCUAUUCGUCAUGGUUGACGGCGUCGUUCAGCCGAGCUCGGUCGAAAUGGGCAUUAUCUACGACUGGGCGAAGGAUGAGGACGGUUGGUUGUAUAUUACGUAUGUCAAGGAGAAUACGUUUGGGGAAGAGGUGAAGGAAGUGAAGGAAGCGUAA